AUACCAACAGAAUCGCCCAAGAAUGUAUUGAAGAGUGCCAUUGACGAGCGCUACAGAAAUGAUCAGUUCACUGAAGUACUGGGACUAGUUCGUGACGCGGUAAAGACCCUUCAACAACUGCCAUGUACAUUCAAGUCCAGUGUCAGUGAAUUCGUGGAUCGAACGAACUUGAUCGAUGAAGGACGCAUGCUACUGAAGAUGUGCAUUGAUGUUCAGCAAAGAAUCGGGGGCACGGUAACUACCGAUUCAACACCGUCCAGUGUCAGCAGUCGUGGAUGCAGAUCUCCAGAAGAUAGUUUCAAUCUGUUCUAG